CAGAUCUGCAUUCACGUGACUUCUUGUAACUACCGAAAGGGGGAAAGUGAAAGUAAAAAGAAGUCAGUGAAUGUGACACAGCAGUCAACCUCCUUCACCUCCUCUAACUGCGCAACCAGAGCAGACAGAGAAGCAGUUUUGUCAACGGGGAGCAGAGGAGCUGAAACAAAAAUGACUAAUCAGGGGGAGAAAAGAUACGACCCCAAAGACACCACUCUGAAGUUUGUGAACAGACCAGAUGAUCUGGAUCCACUACCACCAGAGGAGGGAGACAAGUGUCUCCGAGCAGAGAUGUCAUGCGGUCAUGCCGUCACCCCGGAGUCUCUCACCGGGUGGUGCCGCAGCCUGCUGGAUCAGGGCCAGUACAAAUUUAAGUGCCCUGCUUUAAUGGUCGACACAUUACAUAAGUGUGAUGAAGACUGGUCUUAUCAAGAGGUGCGCAGACUGGCAGUGCUGACCCCCGAAGAGAUGCAGUACUUUGAGGAGAACAUUGCACGUCUGGCUGCCACAGAGUACUGUGAGUUUAAAACAUGUCCUGGGUGUAAAACCUAUCUGGAGAGAGAGGACCCGAGUAACCUCAACGUGCAGUGCACAGUCUGCACAUCAGACAAGCAGAAAGUUUACAAUUUCUGCUGGCAGUGUCUGAAGAAAUGGAAGGGUGCAGCUCCGCGCUCCGACCGCUGCGACAACUACGGCUGCGUCAACCACGACCUCGAGCUCCUCAGGACCUGCAGGACCGCCGUCCUCGAUCAGGUUGAGGGGGUCGACGCGUGCCCCUCCAUCCGGGCCUGUCCCACCUGCGGUCAGAAGGUGGAGCACGACAAAACGGGCUGCAAGAACAUCAUCUGCCCUCGCUGCCUGGUUGAGUUCUGCUUCGUGUGUCUGAAGCUCACUCCUAAGUGCCUGGAGACGAGCUCCUACUUCAUCGCCUGCAGUGAUGGCGUAGCUCCCAGACAAACCUCCAUACCUGUGUGGCGCAGAAAAUAGGAGCGAAUGUGCACACGGUCACUGCUCAUGAUGUGUCUUACUGCCUUCUUCUGUCACACUAUAUGCUGUUCUUCCACUGUUGGAUUUUAUUCUAAGAUUCUAUUUGCAACUGAAGCUCAAAGUCUAGACUUAGCUUAUUUGUUCUAUAACAUUGUGAGCAUUAAACAUAUCUACUGCAUUUCUCGUGAUGUCGUAAAAGGCUGGUUUGUGACGCUGCCACUGAAAGUUAGCACUGAUCUCUGUUCAUCAUUGAUAACUGUAUCACGUAAUAAAGUUUACCCUUUAAAUAA